AUGCGCUCUCCGCUUUGCCGGACAAGCACGUCAGCAGUGUUUACCAUCACUGUUAAUGUCCUCUACGCCCACCUCAGCCCUUUGGUGUACUGGGCACCAAGCCAAUGUAUCCAGGCCAGUAUGCCGCACCAGUAUGUUGAGAUGCUUGGUGACUGUGUCAGAGUUAUUAUAGACUGUUAUGAAGUUUUCAUUGAGAAAGUACAAAAUGUACGUGCUAAGGCUGAAACAUAUUCAAACUACAAAAGUAGGCAGACAAUGACAUAUCUCAUUGGCAUCACACCACAGGGGGCCAUCUCAUUCAACUCCAAAGGAUUGGGAGGGCGUAACAGUGACAAACGCGUAGCUGAGUCAUCAGGCUUUCUGCAAAUGCUGUCUCCUGGUGAUAUAGUGGUAUCUGACCGGGGAUUUGAUAUUAAGCAAUGCGUUGCCCUGAUGGGGGCCACAUUAAAAAUCCCAGCAUUCACCAGAGGCCGUAGUCAGCGACAAGCACAAGAUGUGGAUGAGACUCACAAAAUUGCUCACGUCAGGAUCCAUGUAGAGCGUGUAAUCGGCUGGCUGCGCUCCAAGUACGCCAUACUGAAUGACACUGUACAUCUAGGUUUAGUGGUGCCAUGUGAGGGAGAAGACAUUACAUUGCUUGACAAGAUAGUCACUGUCGCAUGUUCGCUUACAAAUAUGUGCCCAAGUGUGGUGUUGAAGCUACCAAGUGAUGAGUAAGUGUUCGCUAUGCUGUCUAAAGAACUGAACUUGUACAUUUUUAACACCUUGUAAUGCAGCUAACAAAGGAAGUUGAAAUACAACAAUUGCCUCAUUCCUACAAGGCUUUACUACUAAACCAUGAAUUAUUUCACUUG